ACCCUUAAACGCACCUUCGUCGCGAGCGAUAGAGAAAGAUGAAAACAGCGAAAGAGAUAAUUGUAGCUUCUUCCUCGAAGAAGAAGAAGAAGAGAGCGAAAAGAUCAGAAACGUCGACGCACGAGAAACUCAGGCACCGGAAGAAGUUGGAGAUGAAGAAAAGUGCCGAGGACCGUGUCGCCGCCGCCAAGACGAAGAUCCGCCGGAAGAUUGCGAAUCUCGAUGAUCAAGAGCUUUGGGCAGAAUUUGAAACCGAUGAAAUUGAUCGGAUACUGAGAGGGGAAAUCAAACCCAAGACACUGAUCACAACUACUCUUGUCGAUCCCUCUAUGUAUAAUGCUGAGAUAUAUGCUCGGAGGCAACGUUUCGUUGCAGAGGAGUUGCUCUCAGUGCUCCCAAGCUCUUCGUACUGUGAGAGGCGUGCUGAUACCAAUUUACAUGAGGUGGAACGAAUUGCCAAGACGAAGGGCUUUACAUCUCUCGUCCUGGUUCAUACAAACCGUAUAGGACAUUAUCUCUGUAUCACAAGCUUGUUGAAUGGGGCUACCGCUACUUUCAGGCUUCUUAACUUCAAAUCACGGGAGGAUUUAAAUGAUCUUCGACAUCCCAAGAGCCGAUUCUAUCCGCAGCUUCAGACGGGAAACUUUACAUCUCCUAUGGGUGCUGUCGUUGAGAGAAUCAUACAAUCGCUCUUUCCCAAGGCCACUCCUUGCCGUCAUAGGGACCUUGUAAUGUUCCACAACCGUAGUGAUUCUAUACUCUUCGGACGUUAUCGUUUCUGUAUUGGAGGAGAGAGUGACACAGUUAGCCCGCAGGAAUGUGGACCUCGAUUCUCUCUCAAGCUGACGAGUCUACAAAACAAAGAAUUCGAAUGGAUUUCAGAGACGGCUAGCCUUGUGAAGCCUUUACUAUGAAACCAGCUUUGCCUAUGACCUCUAAAUCAUUUGCGGAGGAGCUCUUAUCUUGUCUUGUUGCAUGAACAUGUGAACUUCCUAGUGCUUUUUCUCCCCUUCUUAUGUUUUUGGCAGAGCUUACUAGCUAGCCCUUGCUUUCUUAUCAAGCUUUAUAGUAAUCCUGGGCCUUGGGUCUCAAACCAAAAGUAGAAAUCCUUAAUUAAACAUGCAAAAACAUAUAUCUGGAUUCCGAGCGCAUUGGCACUUUCUUAUUAAAUAGAUUGUGAUAUCCUUUGAA